UUUGUUUUGAUUGUUUGCUGUUUCUUUAAUUGUAUUGGAUUUUAAUUUGAUUACGUGAUUUAAAUUGUGUUAUUUUAUUCAUCCUAAUGGGAUCAUCACUGGAUCAAAAUAGUUACCUUAAUGGUUGCACAUCAUCUGAGGCCUAUACGAUUGUCUAAUUUGUCUCUACGAAGAAGAAGAAAAAAAUGUCUCCGUUAAUUGGAUCAACUAGUUUCAAGAUAAUUAAUUUCCCUGGUUUACUUGGACUUCAAUCAAUCAAUUGGAUCAAGUUAAAUUUGGUUAACUGGUAUUCAAAGAAAUCUACUGAUGAUGAAUUUUGGUUGGCUCAAUUUGAAAAGGAAAAUGACCUUAUCUAUGGACCUAAUCGUUGUAAUCAAAGUAUCAACACCAACAACAACAACAACAACAAUCAAGGAACAAUUAAUGGAUUGAAACAAUUAACACCACUGGAAAUUAUCAAUAAUUAUUCAGAGGUGUUACCAGUCUCAUGGGAACCUGAUGAUUUGAUUAAAUUUCCUUUAAUCAAUCCACUACGAUUAUCUACUAAAACUACUAAUCAACGAGAUGGUGGUGGUGGUGUUGAUUAUACAAAAGAGGAGGAAUUAAAUGUUAAACGAAAUUUAAUCCUCGAUAAAGCCAAUCUAAAGGUGAAACAAUUUCCAUCGGUUACCAAAGUUAUCGGAGAGACAAUGUCAAUCUCAUCGAGAAAAGCGUUAGAAUUGUGGAAAAGCCGAAUGAUUGAGAAAUUGGGUGAUGAAGGUUUCAAAGAAUAUCAGCAGAAAAUUUUUCGCCGUGGUUAUUGUUUACAUCAGAAUAUCGCAAAUAAAUUGGAGAAGAAAUUUGAUCAGGUUGAAAUAACCGAUGAAAUCUCGGGAUUUUGGAAAAGUUUGGAAAAUGUUUUCUCACAAAUCGAUAAUGUUAAACUAUUGGAGAAACCGGUAACUCACCCAUUCCUCUGUUAUCGUGGUAUAAUUGAUUGUGUUGCCAAUUAUCAGAAUACCUGUUACCUGAUUGAUUGGAAAACUUCAUCUAAACCCAAGCCAACAAUUUACAAUCUUUAUGAUGAACCCUUACAGGUUGUCUCUUACCUUGGUGCUCUUAAUUUUGACUAUAAAUAUGAUUAUCAAGUGAUUAAAGCGGCAAUUGUUAUCUCCUAUGAAGAUGGUUCACCGGCUCAUGUUCAUCGUUUAUCUCAAUCACUUUGUAAAAAUUAUUGGAUUAAAUGGAUUCGUCGACUUGACCAAUACUGGUCAACAUAUUUACAAAAUAAUCAAAAAGCUUUACCAAAAAUAGAAACAUAAAAAUCUAAUCAACUUUGUUUUUCUAGAUAAUAAUUAAUAAAAUGUAAACAAAAACUUAAUUUUCAUCUCGAAAAUAUUAAAAAUGGGAAAACUUAACAAUCCAA